AUGACUUCAACCCUCUCAGCUCCCUCUUCCUGGUCCCUCCCCUCCUCCCCCAACCCUAAUCCUAACCCUAACCCUAACAAUAGCUCUCCUUCACCUCACUUGAUCCAAAACCCCCCUUCUCCUUCCUCCCACCACCAACCCCUAGACUCCGAUCAAUCAUCCAUCUCCGACCUCACCGACAUGACUUUUCCGCAGUAUUCAGUCGACGCGGGCGACGAACAAAAUUUACUCUCCGAUUUCUCCGAAACCUCUUCCGCAAUCUCGUCAAACCCCCAGAACCAUACUCCGACCGAACCAAUCCCCACUCUCCUCCAUCUCUCCUUCAACCAGGACUUCGGCUGCUUCGCCUCUGGCACCGACCGCGGCUUUCGUAUUUACAAUUGCGACCCCUUCCGCGAAAUCUUCCGCCGCGACUUCUCUCCUUCCUCCGCCACCGCAGGUGGUGGCGGCGGUGGCAUCGGCGUAGUCCAAAUGCUCUUCCGGUGCAACAUUCUUGCCCUAGUCGGCGGGGGCCCUGAACCCCAAUAUCCCCUUAACAAGGUCAUGAUUUGGGAUGACCAUCAGUCCAGAUGCAUCGGCGAGCUAUCGUUCCGGUCCGAAGUAAAAAAUGUUCGCCUCCGACGUGACCGAAUUAUCGUAAUUUUAUUACAAAAAAUAUUUGUUUAUAAUUUUGCGGAUUUAAAGUUAUUGCAUCAGAUUGAAACAGCGGUGAAUCCCAAGGGUUUGUGUGAGGUUUCGCACGUUUCGGGGUCUAUGGUUUUGGUGUGUCCUGGGUUGCAAAAGGGGCAGGUCAGGGUCGAGCAUUACGCGUCAAAGAGGACCAAGUUUAUUAUGGCACAUGAUUCGAGGAUUGUGUGUUUGGCGCUUACAAAUGAUGGGAGGUUACUGGCCACAGCAAGUAGUAAGGGGACGCUUGUGAGGAUUUUCAAUACUCUGGAUGGCUCAUUGCUUCAGGAGGCACAAGGGCUUAUAGUUGUUGUACCUGCGAUGGAGACCAGAACUAUCGAGGCUCUAGCCUAA